GGAAAUUAAUUUUGAAGGCCAGAAAUUUUCAAACACGUCCAAUGCAAUGCAUGUGGAUGUGGGCUCUCCUCUUUUAUCAGUCUUAAUUGGUUGCGUGUUAAUCGUAUUCAUGGCUGAUGUGAUGAUUGGGAUUUUGUUUUGAUUUUGCCUAUAAAAACAUUGGGCCGGGUCUCUUCUGUUGAUUGUGGUUAAGAUGGAUUCUUCUUGCAAAAGUGUCAGUGUUUUCUUUCUGUAUCUGAUCUGCUUCUUUCACAGGAUGAUGAUGCUCACUUUCACUACCUGUUCGGAUGCUGCUAUGGUUGCUGCCCCUAUGGAAGUGGAGGAUAUGUGGAGAGGAAGAUGAGGAGGUGCAGUGCAGAGCAGAGCUCUGCGUUGCUUGAAUUCAAAUCAUACUUCAGCCUGUCGCCGCCUGCCUUAUCUUGCCGCCGUCCACCACCGACGGAAUCUUGGAAGGAGGGAACUGACUGCUGCUCCUUGUGGGAUGGGAUCACUUGUGAUAACGAGACCGGUCAAGUCGUUGGCAUCGACCUGAGUUGUAGUGGGCUCGAAGGGAACAUCCCUCCCAACACCACCGUCUUCCACCAUUUUCCUCAUCUCCAGGAGCUCUACCUCGUUCACAACUACUUCGGCAGCUCUCGCAUUCCCUCCUCUUUUGGUCACCUUUCUAGAUUGACGGAUCUCGAUCUUGGUAUGUCUGGAUUUUCGGGAGAAAUUCCAAAGGAACUCUCUUACUUGACACAGCUAAUGCAUCUUUAUCUUGAUGAUAAUUAUGGUUUGAGGUUCAAGAAAACUGGAUUUCAGUUGCUUGUUCAAAACCUAACUAAAAUAAGAGACCUCCAUCUCAGUUCAAUAAACAUAUCUUCAGCCGUUCCCAUUUCCUUGCUCAAUCUCACCUCUUCAAUCACCCUCGUACUCGAUGGGUGUGAAUUGCAUGGACAACUCCCUGACGGAGUGUUCAACCUACCAUAUUUGGAAAAACUUUUCGUAGGAGAUAACAGUCUUCUCACCGGUAACUUUCCAAAGUUCAUAAACUCGAGCAAUUCUCUCCGAAUAUUGGAACUUGAAUUCACAAGUUUUCCGGGGCAACUGCCCGACUCAAUUGGGAAUCUCGGAUCACUAGAGUGGUUACAUGCUGCCCAAUGCAACAUCUAUGGGGCAAUUCCUGCGUCGCUCGGUAAUCUUACUUCAGUCCAGGAUAUAGAUCUUUCAAACAACAAUUUAUCAGGUCCUUUUCCUUCACAAUUAAUGGGACUACCCAAUUUGCAAUCAUUAGCCUUGAUUGAUAACUAUAUCACCGGUCCUUUUCCUUCACGAUUUACCGGACUUCCCAAUUUGGGAUCAUUAACACUGAGUUAUAACCAUAUCACUGGUACAAUUUCUCCUGGAUUAUUUGCUUUGUCAACUUUGAAUGCCUUGCAGCUAAGUUACAUGAUCUCCACUGCUUCCUUGUCACAUAGACUGGGUGGUCUCUAUUGCCUUUGCUGCCUCUAUGAGGUUCAACCAUUCAAACCUCCAGUCAAAAUAUAUUUAUCCCUUGCGAAUGAUGCAUUGUUGCCCAUCAGUGAUCAAACUGAAACUACAGAAAUAUAUGAAUCAGUGUUGUUAUUGAGAAUAAGACUGAAAUACUUGAAAUACUUCAGUGCUAAACUUGAUGGCAUAAGAAACUGGAAUGCACAGAAAGACACGUUUUAUCAACAAACAGGAGUGAAACGACAUGCCGGUGAAGUACCCCAACUACUGCAAGGCAAUGAAUUAUUUAAACAAAAGAAGGAUGGUGGUAACAUUGAGCGGGAAGAAACUGAACACUUUGAGCAGCAAUAUGAUGAACACUUUGAACUAUUGGAAGAUGAUGAAAAAUUUGGUGAGGAGCUGGAAAGACAACAGGUACCAUCUUCUUCGGGGCAGAACAAUGGAUUAACAGCUUGA